UGAAAAAUUUUACUCGACAGACUUGAUAGCAUUUCUACAAAAAUUCAAGCUACGAUUAUUUAUUUAACACUUCCUGUCAUCGGCACAUUAAGCCAAAUAAAUAUAUAAGGUACAUACACAAUAACGCAAUUACAUGUGUUACAAUGUACUAUAAAAACCAUAAUAAAUAAGCGUAAAAAAUAUAAACGGAAAACCACGCAUCUUCCAAUUUUAGUUCUCUCUCAAUAUGACAUUACUCUUAUAUUUUGAUUUCUACGAUAUACAAAGAAUAAAUGAUAUGUUAACUAAAAAUAAAUGAAAAAGAAUCGAUAAAGUGCAAAAGAUAUAUAGAUUAGAUACUGAAGUGGCUAAAAAAGAAUUUGUUAUAUUAUAUCUGUUGUAUCAUACUCAGACAGUUUCUAAUAAUCUUUAUCCACGCAUCAUAGUCUGCGAAUUUCAGAAGGAAAGCUUCAGUCUCAAUAGAAAAAACAAAUUGAAGGUUAAAUAAACGAUAAUGCCGGAGCAACAAUUAAUCAGUGUGAACUCAUGUCAAUGCAAAGAGACUUACGAAAUGAACAUCUUCAGAUGUGACACGCAUUUUUUUCGAUAUAAAUUUAUAGAGCGUUAAAAAAACAGGGAUACAAACAAGCUUGCAGAACAUGGCGAUAUUGACCAACUGCAUCUAUUUGGAUAUACUUUUGAUAUUCUCAUCGCUUUUGGCAACGCUUUACCUGUGGAUGAAGUGGAAGCAUUCCUACUGGCAGAGAUGCGGGAUACGUUCGUUGCCCACACAUUGAUUCUUCGGUCACUUCAAAGACGCGAUCCUGAUGCGCAAACCGCCAGGAGUGGUUCUCGGUGAACUGUAUCAGCAAGGAAACGACAAGGAUGAUGUCCUGGGAAUUUACAUUCUAUUCAAGCCAUUUUUGCUCGUGAGAAAUUCGGAACUGAUAAAGCAAAUAAUGAUCAAAGAUUUUAAUGUGUUUUCGAAUCAUCAUUUCGUUGCAAGAAGCAACGCUGACAAAAUGAGCGGCUACAAUCUUUUCGGCAUAGACAAUCCUGAAUGGAAAUAUUUAAGGCUGCCGACCGGCCAAGAUGCGACACAAGGAAGAAUCCGUCUUUGCGCCCAGGUCGCUGUUCGACAGGCCCUCAUCAGCGUUAAUGAAGAUGCGUCGCGAUAUGAAAAUGCACAACAAGUAUCGCACGAUUGCGCGUGCGUUGGUGCCGGUGUUAAAGACUUCGUCGCACGUCACAAAGACUUCGCCGGAGCCGGAUCACGCUGUGGACUGGCUGGUCUACGAAGAGUGGGGUCUGUUGCAUCCCAUCCAGAGCUACCAGAACCUGCCGUUGAACACGAUGAUUCUCACGCCCGGUCACACGCCCAAUUGGGACAUGGUCGCUGACACCAUCAACAACUCCGCGCGUCUGCAUAGAUCGCCCAAGCACUGCAGAGGCCGAUACGGGACCGUGAUAAUGCCGCGAGAGGAGGGUAAACUCAUGUACGACGUUGCGCCGAAGAAGCAAAAGAAGCAGAAGGGUAGCGUGUACAAAACGCCGCAGGUUUCCGAGAGCAAGACCAACAGAGCGUUGAGAACGUCGCAGUUGCAUAAUCAGGAUAAGAAUAACUCCUUCACAAUGAUGGGAAAUCAGAAAUACGAAACUGUCAAGUCGGUGUCCAAUAAGCGAACGCCCAUCGCGAACGUGAAGCUGCUUCUCGUCAAUUCGUUAAUGAGAAAUCCCGGUAGCGCAGCCGUUCUGCUGGAAAGUGGUAUACAAGUCGAGAGCCCGAUGGUGCCAAUGGAUGUCGCCACCAAACGCGCUAAUAGAAUCGCCAAGGAGAGAGUAGAUUGGCGCUGUUUGUUUGUACACGUGUUUUUCCUUCCGGAUAUAUUUAUUCUUAUAUUCUGGUAUUAGGGCGUGAGCCCUCAU